AAAUAAAAGGCAGCAUGUGAUAAUGCAUUUGCAAAUAAUGAUUACGAAGGCUUUUUGGGUGCGAAAGAGAAAAUAGAGUUAAGGUUUUGCAGAGGUAGAGAAAACCUCGAAACUCUGCGUGUCAUCAUUCCCUCCUCUCUGCGCUUUCUUAUCAACCAGGACUAUGAUUAAACUGUUUAAAGUAAAGGAAAAGCAGAGAGAACUUGCAGAAAAUGCAAGUGGCGGAGCACCCAUUAAGAAGCAGAGUGCUGGCGAGUUGCGUCUUCACAAAGAUAUAAGUGAGCUGAAUCUACCGAAAUCUUGUAUCAUACAAUUCCCCAAUGGCAAAGAUGACCUGAUGAACUUUGAAGUUUCAAUUCGACCUGAUGAUGGAUAUUACUUAGGUGGCACAUUUUUGUUUUCCUUCCAAGUUUCUCCCAUCUAUCCACACGAGGCGCCAAAGGUUAAGUGCAAGACAAAGGUCUACCAUCCAAAUAUUGACUUGGAGGGAAAUGUUUGUCUCAACAUCUUACGAGAAGAUUGGAAACCUGUGCUCAAUAUAAAUACUGUCAUCUAUGGCUUGUAUCAUCUCUUCACGGAACCAAACUAUGAGGAUCCACUGAAUCAUGAUGCCGCCGCUGUGUUGAGAGAUAAUCCAAAGAUGUUUGAAUCUAAUGUGAGGAGGGCUAUGGCUGGUGGAUAUGUGGGGCAAACCUUUUUCCCACGCUGUAUGUAAGCCUUUGCUCGAUACCUUCGAGUCCUGUUCAAAUAUAUCAAUGCUUGAAGGCCCGUGGUUUGUAAAAUUUAUUUAAAAAAAUUGCAAUUUUCUUUCGUCAGUAUGUUAUUUUUCUUGGUGGAGAAACAGGACAAGUUCCUAAGACUACCAAACGCAUCUAAAUGUUACUGUAACUUCUGUGAUUUAUUGAACUUUAGACGUAUUAUUCUAAAGUGAACCAAGCAGAAAUUGGGCUCAGCUGUCGAUAUCAA